AGCCUCAUAGACAAACAGAAAAACCGUCUUAUCCCGUAACUCCCGAAACUCACCAGACAUUGUAGUUUAUAUUACCCUAAUCCGAGGGCAACAAUCAAAAUUUACUCUUGAUGCUCCAGUGAUGUGACUUAAAAAAAAAAUGUAUAUAUAUAUACAUAUGUAUGUAUAUAUGUAUGUUUGUAUAUAUAUGAUACAUUUCCUUCUUCCCCUUUAAUUCUUUUUUUUUUUUUUUAACAAGGAAAUUUGCUCUAUCUCCAGCAGCCACCGCUGCUCCUUUGAUGUUUUGGUACGCCGUGCGCAUGCGCCUCACAUUAGAAUUACUGCACUGGCCAGAAUAAGUUGGAUCUCUUCUUCUCUUCAGUGAAACCCUAAAUCACAUCAAAAACCAUAGGGAUGUGGAGAGUCCGGAAAAAGGGUUACUUUGGGAUUUGGACAUUUCUUUUAAUAAUAGCUGUGGUCUGUGCACAGAGUGCCAAUGAUCCUAGCAAUAUGUCACUGGUUAAAGAGACGGUGGAUAGACUGCUGAAAGGCUAUGACAUUCGUCUGAGGCCAGAUUUUGGAGGUCCUCCUGUGGCUGUGGGCAUGAAUAUAGACAUAGCUAGCAUAGAUAUGGUAUCAGAAGUCAAUAUGGACUAUACUCUGACAAUGUACUUUCAGCAAGCUUGGCGAGAUAAGAGGCUGUCAUAUAAUGUAAUACCCUUAAAUCUCACACUGGACAAUAGAGUAGCGGAUCAGCUCUGGGUGCCUGACACUUACUUCCUGAACGACAAGAAAUCAUUUGUGCACGGGGUGACUGUCAAGAAUAGGAUGAUUCGUCUGCAUCCUGAUGGGACUGUCCUUUAUGGCCUCAGGAUUACAACCACAGCUGCUUGCAUGAUGGAUUUGCGCAGAUACCCCCUGGAUGAACAAAAUUGCACCCUGGAGAUUGAGAGCUAUGGCUAUACAACUGAUGACAUUGAAUUUUACUGGCGUGGAGAUGAUAAUGCAGUGACAGGAGUAACAAAGAUAGAAUUGCCACAGUUCUCUAUCGUUGAUUACAAACUGAUUACCAAGAAGGUUGUUUUCUCUACAGGUUCUUACCCCAGGCUGUCCCUCAGUUUCAAGCUUAAGAGAAAUAUUGGAUACUUCAUCUUACAGACCUACAUGCCCUCCAUUCUAAUUACUAUUCUCUCUUGGGUUUCCUUCUGGAUUAACUAUGAUGCCUCAGCAGCACGCGUAGCUUUAGGAAUUACCACUGUACUUACAAUGACAACCAUCAAUACUCAUCUUCGAGAAACUCUUCCCAAAAUUCCUUAUGUGAAAGCCAUUGACAUGUAUCUUAUGGGGUGCUUUGUCUUUGUGUUCAUGGCACUGCUCGAGUAUGCACUGGUCAACUACAUCUUCUUUGGUAGGGGACCCCAGCGUCAAAAGAAAGCAGCUGAAAAAGCUGCCAAUGCCAACAAUGAGAAGUUGCGCAUGGAUGUCAAUAAGAUUUUUUAUAAAGAUAUUAAACAAAAUGGGACCCAAUAUCGAUCUCUGUGGGACCCUACUGGAAACCUCUCCCCAACUAGACGGACUACCAAUUACGAUUACUCUCUGUAUACGAUGGACCCUCAUGAAAAUAUCUUACUGAGCACCCUUGAAAUAAAAAAUGAAAUGGCCACCUCUGAAGCAGUGAUGGGACUAGGAGACCCAAGAAGCACCAUGUUGGCCUAUGAUGCUUCAAGUAUCCAGUACCGAAAAGCUGGCUUGCCCAGACAUAGUUUUGGCCGAAAUGCCCUGGAGCGACAUGUGGCACAGAAGAAGAGCAGACUGCGGAGACGUGCCUCCCAGCUGAAAAUCACCAUCCCUGACUUGACUGAUGUAAAUGCCAUAGAUCGAUGGUCACGCAUAUUCUUUCCUGUUGUUUUUUCCUUCUUCAAUAUUGUCUAUUGGCUUUAUUAUGUGAACUAAAAAGUAGCAUCUCAUGGGAACAAAAGACUGGAUUUCUCUUCAAACUGGUUGUACAGCCAAAAGUGGGACUUGGAAAAAUAAUCUUUUCAGGAAAAAAUGAUUUUAAAACACCUUAGUUGCUGGCCUAUCCUAUGAUUCAUUUCAUUGUAUUUGGAUUGCUUCUGCUAAACACUUCUCCAUGUUAGGAUCUAUGUAAUUUUUCCCAGUUAAACAAGAAAUGCAUUUGGUGCAUGAUGGCCAAAUUCACUUCUGACAUGAUGCUUCCAUUUUAUCUGCUUAGAACUCACUCAACCUAUUCAAGUGGGAAAGUAUUGGGGAGAUAGUCUUAAUGAAUUACAGUAGCAAUGGGAGUCAUUUCCUUAUGUAAUAGGCAUAUGUUCCACAGUUUGAUUUCUAAAAGAAGGAAAUAUGUCAAAGUGAUAUUAUACUUAGAGAUUAUUCACAGUUCACAGAGAAUACUUUCAACAUAAGUUGAAAGUAGUACUGAAGAUCAUAAAAUAAUGUAAGAGUGCUGAUGUUGAUGCUGUUAUGAUGAUGGAUUACUAUUUCCUACCAUUUUGCAAAGAUUUUAGUUUGUUCACUGAUAAAAGAGAGUCUUUUGACACUCAGUGCCACCCUUGCAAGUAAGAAGGAAGUCAGUCUGGUAAGUCAGGGAAACCAAGGUUUCCUUUUGUUGUUUCACUAAGUGUUGGCAAAGAACUACAGUUAGAGCACCCUGUGCUAAGAAAAAGUAAACUACUGUGAUGGCAAUGAAGGUGAUGAUGGUGGUGGUAAUGGUGGUAGUUAUUAUUGCUUUAAUUGUGAUCUUUGUUUGGUGUGGGGAGUGGGGAGAAUUGGCUGAAGAGGUUGAACAUUUUAUAGGAAAACUGUUUCACAGGUGGCUACAGAAAUUGUUUAUAUCUUGGCCUUUUACGUAAAAGGAAGAGGCUAGUCUUAAAAGAACAGAAAAAAAAGAGUAAAAGCUUUUGAAAGAUAUAAAAGAUUUUUAAAUAUAUAAGCAGCCAAGCAUGUCUCUCAUCAGCUUUAUGAAACAUCAGGGUCCAUAUGAACAAAGUAUAGUGGCCAAUGAUGAAAGGAACAGGAUUUGUAUCCAACUUCAUAAGCUUUUGAGGAUUGUAUCUAUUGAUACUUUGAUGUUCAAUCUAUUCAGAGGACAGGAAAAAAAACAAGCAAGAUUAUGGGAAUUGAUAGUAGCUGAGAUAUUUGACAAAGAAUUUAGCUUGAGUCUUGCUUUUUGUACUAUGGCAUGCACUUGGUUAAAUUUACAAACAGGUUGGAUUCUCACUCAGCCCAUGCUAAAUACUCCUGUGGAAUAUCCCACGUUUCCUGAAUUGAAUAGAGUAUUCUUAAAUGAAGGUAUUGCUUUAGAAAGACGAAGUGAUCUUUCCUGUCUUUGUUUUUGAAAUCUAAUUGCUGCUUCUUUCAAAAAAUAAAUAAAUAAAGCUUUGCAUUAGUAAAUAAAUUUUGGGGGAUUCAGGAAAUUAUGUUCCUCUUAUGAUAAUUAAGUUCAUUUUCAUAAUUUCAUAAAAAUGUUAAAAAUUCAAUGUAGUUUUUGAUUGUUUUUAAGAAAGGAGAAACUUUUUUGCAUGUGGAAAUCUGUCCAUUUAAGGAAAAAUGGAGACUGGAAUAAAAAGAUAACACCUUGGCUUAGUUGAAAGGGCCUCUUUUUGGAAAGCAACCACAUUGCAUUGCACUGACUGUAUCUGUAAAUGAAGCCAUUGUAUUUAAAACAUCAUUAAGAAAUGGAAGGGCUGAUAUUUGGACCAUCUUGUAGAAAAUUGGUUGAUUUUUAAAUUUACUUUUACAGAACUUUGUUAUGUGAAUGACUUCAGAAAUUUAUUUUUCUUCUUUUUUUUUUUCCUAUGAGGGUGCUACUUUUUUUUUUUUAUGAAGCAGCAUCCAUAUUUAAGAAUACAGAGAAAAUCUGACAUGAAAGGAUCUAUGGGCCAGUAUAAUGUCAAUGGAGAAAUUGGCCAUUAUCAGUAGAUUGCAUCAACUAACUCUUUCUGUCCUUUUAUUCAUGGCUGAUUUCUAACAUUAGCUAGGAAUGGUGCUUUAUCACAUAGACAUUUUCAUUCUGAAUUUGAGACAGCAGAUUGUCUCUGUUAGCAGAGGGCAGCAUACUAUCAUGCCUGCCUUCUGAGUAUAUGGCUAAAGAUAGAUCAGACUUGGAGACAUCUCUUUGGCAAUCUCAUUGUUGUAUUUGUUAAUUCUCACUCUGAUCAUCAUUCUGUAGAAGAAAUGAUCAGAUUCCUGUACAUGGGUUCAUAAAAGAGAGCAUCCUCAAGAUAACCUCAAGUUUUUUUUUUUUUUUAUUCCCAUAAAAUGAUUUCUUUUUAGUCAUCACCUAAAUAGCCUUUCCUGCUUCUGCUAUCAGUUAAAUAUGUAAUGGAGAGAGUAUUUCAAUACCUCAAAUACACAAAUGACAAAAAAAAAAAUAGACAA